AUGCCCGUCUCGCCAGGCGCGAUCAUUGGUCGGAUCUUUGUUGCGCUCUCCUCGAUCUACCUGGCGCCUUCAGUGCCUCCACCCUUCCCGGAUCGCCUCGCGCAACUCGACCCGUCCUCAUCAUCGCUGGACAAUGAGAUCUACGACAACCAGUCGUUCGACUGGGGCCGGUCAGGGCUGGAGCUUCUCAACCCUGCCCGUGUCGGAUACUUCAUGGACAAGCUGCAUCGUCAUGUGUCAACUCAUUCGAGAGGGACGAUUACGAUCCUCGACCUGGGGUGUGGAGGGGGUCUUGCGAUUGAGGCGAUCCACUCUGCGCUUGUCGCCUCCGCCUCCGACAGCUCGACUAUCUCACAGACCAAGUCGGGACUUGUGGUGGACGGUCGGACAUACAAGCUGAUCGGCAUCGACGUGUCCGUGCGCUCCAUCGAAACCGCUCGUCAACGUGCAGCAUCCAAGUCGAUGUCAAUCGAGUAUAUCGUGGGCGACAUCUACGCCCUCCCCUUUGACGCCGCCUCGAUCGACGGCAUCAUCUGCAGUGACGUCCUCGAACACCUCUUCGACCUCCCCUCGGCAUUCCAUUCCAUCGCCCACUGCCUCGCUCCCAACGGCUUCUUCUCGUUCGACACGAUCAAUCGCACCCCCACCUCGUACUAUCUUACGAUAUGGAUUCUGCAGGAUUUGCUCAGAGCGAUGCAGGGCGACGCUCACGAUCAUAGGAUGUACGUCACUCCGUUAGAGGUCCACGCCGUGAUGCGACGGAGCGGCCUACGACCGGGACCGGACAAGGAUCUGGUCGGGAUGAGACCAGGGAUUAGAUUUCCUCCAGUGGCGCUGUACAGGCUCAUGACCGGACAAGGGUUCAUCAACAGCGUGCUGGCAGACUUUAGACUGACGAGCGAUUUGAGCAUCUCGUAUCUGCAUUGGUGCGAGAAGCCGUCGUCCUAG